GUUUGUUUACAUGAGAGCACAAAUGACAGUUCCGUCGGCUCAUCAGCUGAGUGUCGUGUCGCGAGUAAACAAAAGCUGUGGAAUCUCUUAUCAAAAGUUGUUAGAUAAUCGUGUCACGAACGUAGUGCAGUUCACAUGCGAAAUGCAUACGCCAUGGAGGUGAAUCCGCUUAGCAUAAUUUUGGUCAAAUCGGACAGUAAGGGAGAUAGGUUGCUUUUUCGCUAUCCGUACACACUGCCGCAACAGUUUCAAACGUCCGUUACUCCAGCGAGAAAAACGCCGUACUCGUUGAUACACACCGGAGACGACAUCCUGCAGAAUGCACCACCUUCCAACAUUUGCUUUGAUCAGCUGUACGGGAUAUCGGAUAAAGAUCUCGCCACCCUUUUCGCCGUCAAAUCUGAGCUGUGCAAUCAAAAGUUUGAGCUGAAAGUAAAUGACGUCCGUUUCGUUUCCCAUCCAACCUUGCUGCGUAGCGAUCAUGGUUCGGAUCAGAAGUCGUCCGACAUCCAGAUCAACGUGGUGUUCGCCCUGCACGCCCAGGCCAGUUCCUCGGUGGUGAAAUGUUACUACGAGUUAAGCAAACGCAUCGGGAUUGCGUUGAUUUACGAAGAACGUCGCGAUGGCUACUUUUCGCGUGAGAUCAAAACAAUGGUUGCUGUGAUGGAUGAGAACAGUGCACUGCAGGAGCAGGAACAGCCGACCAGUGCUACCGGAACGGGUGGCUCCGUAGGUUCGGGAAGUGGUACGGGACCAACAGGAACGAGUGGACAAACGGUGGUCACGAAUGCGGCUGCCACUGCAGCUGGAAUCGCUGUCGGUGUGUUUGAUACGAUACUGAAAAACACUACGCUGGCACAGUUCAUUAAAACGAUCUAUCACGACCUCUGCACGACGGGCCUGCUGAACGUGACCAUGAAUCAAACCGUGACGCUAAGCUUCUGCCUCCCCCAGAAAGCGCAUCAGUUUCACAAGAAAGGUAUGGCAGUUGAGCCGGAAACGAUCGAUCGAUGUCUGGACUCGCUCAAACCUUACCACGGCAUGCUGCUGCUGGUCGAUCCUUCCGAGCUGUUCGAUUGUGUACCACCGUCCGGAGCGAACAUGCUGCUCCAGCUGAUAGAGGUGUACAAUCCACUGAAAAGCUUGCAAAACAUGGCUUCCGAUGCGGAGCUACUGAUCGACUACGUUUAUCAGAUCGUGGGCCAUCUGGUGUACUGGGCUAAGGCCACCAUUAUCUACCCGCUGUGCGAGACGAAUGUGUACGUAAUUGCGCCCGACGCACAGCUAAACAUUCAUUCGAAUCUAUCGGACAAGUUUGGCACAAAGUUUCCGGGCAUGUCGUUGUUUGAGGUGAUCAGUGAUUUCUCGCUACCAACGUCGAUCGGCCAUCUGACGACACCGUUGCAGCAUCCGGCAAGGCAAGGCCGGUUGGCACAGAUGGUUCUGUGGAUGCUGCAGCAUCAUCUUCUGAUGCAACUGCACACGUACGUACAGUUUGUGGCCAAUCUGGAUGGGAUAGAGGAGGAGGAAUUUGAGACGGGAAGAUCGAGUGCGGAACGAGUGCAUCAUCCGAUUCACUUACUGUACGGCAGCUCGGCACCGAGUGCAUCAUCCAGCCAACCGUUGGCUGUCCCUUCGGGAGGAAAUCGCAAACAUUCGCUCAGCGAGGAUCGCUAUUCGGACAGUCUGUCGGCACUGCUAACGACGGCAGCAUCGGUGACCUCGAACACACGACCCUCGUCGGCGAGCCAUCGAUCCAACAUAAGCCACUCGAGUGUGGGAGGACUCCAGACGGCUUCCAGCACGGACAACGACGAAAGCAUCGCGUCGAACGACGAUGAUGAUAAGCUGAAGCGUUUGCUUGCCGCUUUUCCAGAACCGGAUCGAAAGGCAGUCGCACGCAUACCGGCCGCCUCAAACCCGGAAGAUCUUGCGCUGAUGGUUCGGCUUUGGAAGGCCGGUUACUUUAAGGGCGAACACCAUCUGGAAGAGAUUAUGUACUUUGAGAACUUGCGCCGCUCGCAACUUUUGCAGCUGGUGGACAAAUUCCGUGAGGUGCUGAUCAUCUACGAGACGGAAGAUCCAGCAAUCGCUAGCCUGUACGCGGACCAUCCGGUGGAGUAACGUAAAAGGCUCUUUGCUAUUGUUAUUGAUGCAAAUUUCGUAUACAAAAUAUGGCAUGCUGAUUCUUUUUCUUACUAAAGUAAGGCUCUUUUUUGUGUA